UAGAAUUAUAUUUCUAUGGUUUGCAAUAACCCAAUAAUUCCCUUUUGAAUUACUUAUAUGUGAAAUAUGAUAUUAUGCUAUGGAACCCCCAAUUGAACCUCAAGUUUCAGACUGUUGUAAUUCAGGAUGCAAUCCUUGCAUUUUCGAUGUAUAUGAGGAACAACUAAAAAAAUAUGUGACAAAAUUUGAACAUCAGGAUGAAAUUUAUUGCAAUAGAAAAAAUUGCAUAUUUCCUUCUUCUUAUUCUGUUUUCAAACUGGAUAAUGAAUGUGAAAAGCAAUUGAAAUAUAAACCUGGUCAACAUUUCUUGUUAAAAGGCUACGAUUUAAGUUCAGGAGUUGAGUUCACAAAAGCUUAUACCCCAAUUCCUUAUGGAGAAAACAGCAAAAGAUCCUUCACAAUAUUGGUUCGAAUGUAUAAUAAUGGUAAAAUGUGUUCUUACCUCCAUAAUUUGCAAAUUGGUGAUGAAACUUUAUGGAGGGGACCAUAUUGUAAUUUCAAUAUCAAUUAUUCAAUGAAAAACAUCCUUUUUAUAGCCCAAGGAACAGGAAUUGCUCCAAUAUAUUCAAUUUUAAAGGAGAUGUUAAAUAAUGAUUCUUGUGAAACAUUUUUACAUCUAUUUUUUUGUUGUAGAAGUUUUGAUGAUAUUUUUCUGAGAAAUGAGCUUUAUGUUCUCAAAGCCCAUUGGAAUUUCAAUUAUGAAGUGUUUUUAAAAUCCUCUUCCAAUAUAUGGAACAAAUAUGAAGAAAUUAUUCAUGAAAGAAAGUUAAAGAGUGAAGAUUUAAAUGCAUUUAUCAUGAAUAAGAACAAAAAAGAUUUGCAGGUAAUAAUUUGUGGUUCUGAAGAAUUUGAAAAUUGUAUCAACUGUUAUCUUCAAGGCUAUGGCAUUAAAGAUAACAAUAUUUUUAAAUUUGAUUGAAAUGUCUUUGGUGCAAUAAAAAAUUUAAUUAUA